AUGCACCAAAGGCGGGUGCUUGUAUGUGGCGUUCUGAUUACAUUGGCAGUUCUUUGCGUGGCUCCGCCGGUCGUCAGGAAAGAUACAAAGAAACCAGACACUCCAGCGGAGGGGAAAGGCGAUCCAGAGUAUGCUAGAUAUUUAAAACAAGUUAUUGAAAUUUUAGAAAAUGAUGAUGAUUACGUUAAAAGAUUACUGAACGCUUCUGAGGAUGAACUAAGAACUGGUCAGGUUGCAGAUGAUUUAGACCUUGUGAAACAUGAUGUAAGGACCAAGUUAGAUGAAUUAAAACGACAGGAAGUAGAGAGGCAGCGAAUGCUACGACGACAAAUGAACGAUCACUUAAACGGUCUGAAGGAAAGAGAGUCUUGGAACCCUUUGUUCGACGACGAAAAUCCCAAUUUCUUUGGCCCUGAAGACUUUAAAAAGCUCUUAUGGAAGGUAAUUUGAAGUUAUUAGAAAUUAAUUUAAGGCAUCUAAACAUCUGCUGAUCUCUUUCGAAAGAAGCACAAAAUUUUGGAUAGCUGUGUUAAUAAACUUCGAUGAUGUAUUGAAACAAAAUUUCGCGUGUAAACAAGCUUUACCCGCUUUCACAGUGGAUGAUAUCUCUAAUGAAAGCAAAUCACCACUUCGUUACACUUUCCUUGGUAUUUUCCAGUUACUAUUACUAUUACUGUGAUCGUUAUUGAUGACUUGUACCAAUAUCAGUGAGGAUUUCCACAAAUCUUUUGUCACGAGACAAACAGCGUCAUACAUUUGUUUUCGGAUGAUUACUGAGAGUCCCCUAUAUCCUUUUUAAAACUCAAUCCCGUAAAGAUAUUUGACUUUUUCACACAUCACGCAUAAUAUCCAAAAAUUCGACUGAGUUUGACUGAGUUUGGUCGAUCUGGACGAGGAAAUCUUUGGCUUGCAGUCAUGACCCAUGAGCCUUACUUUGUGCUGUUUUUAAGUUGUGAUUUCAAUACCUCCUCCUCUGGCCCUUCCUUACAGCCAAGAAGUAUAUAAUGUUUUCACUCGUCAUUUGGUAUAAAGGUAAAGAAAAAUUUUGUAACAUGAAGCAGCAGUUAGUAUUCUCACCCUGGGUGUUAUGUUACUCUAAUCCUUUUUUGAAGCCAUUUGAAAUCCAUCAAAAUAAUAUUUCACUUACGUAUGACUUGUCUUGUCUCUUCAGGGUGUUUCUUGCCCUAGCCAUAACUAGGAAUUAAUGGGUGAUACUCGCCAGUUUUAAAACCUAACAUCCAAUAAACAAUACCAGAUAAAGUUUAGCUUGAAGUUUAACUCAAGAUGGCAAAUUUAUUUUGCAGUUUUUACAAGGAAAGAGACUAGUUUGUUUGUUGAUAAAGUUGAAAAGUCAACAUGCUUGGCUAUAGACACUCUGCAUGUUGCUGUGGCUGCAAAUUAUUGAUUAAAAUAGAUGAUACAGUACAUGUAGAUGUAGAUCAGUUGAAAACUUUGACUUCUGGUGUGACCACCAGUUCUCUCCAUGUCAAUAUUUCUAUCAAAACCCUUCCUCGAGUGGUGACUUUUCUAAACUAAGAUUUCAACUUAAAAUUGAGCAUUUUGACUUUUGUUUCUCCUCAUUUUCUUCGAUUAUCUUUUUUUUUGGUAACUUGAAAUGAAACAAAGGAAGUAGUCUUGCUAAAACAAGAUGGUUGUGUCUGCCAUGUUACAAGGAACUGAUUCUUACUUUUAGUUGUACAUAGUCUAGUUAUAUCAGUCUGGUCAUUUACUUGGAGUGUAGAUGAGAGUUAAUAACAGCAAUUACACUUCUCUCAUACCCUCCAGACUUCCAAUAUGUAUGCAUCCUUACCUUGAAAUAUGUAUGCUGAAUUUACACCAAUUCUCAAGUGAUUGAUAAGAUAAAUCAUCCAACAUUCAUACAUUUUUUUUUCAAGUCUGUGGGUGCUAACAUCAAUUCUAAGUAGUUUGUGUAGUAAAUUGUCCCUGUCUUUGAGAAUUCACAUGAAGAAUGAGGUAAUCAAUUCAAGAACAUAACUAUAACAGUUACUGUUUACAGCACCAUGAAGAGAUGGAUAAGCAAGAUAAACAGCGCAGAGAUGAAUUCAAAAAGCAUGAAAUGGAGAAGGAACACAAAAGGAAGGAACAUUUAAAGGAUCUGGAUGAGAAAGCGCGCAAAGAAGAAGAAGAAAGAUAUGAGGCAUUGAGGGAGAAACAUCUUAAUGCAUCCAAGAAUCUCCAUCAUCCAGUAAGUGAACAUUUCAGGCACAAAAUCACUCGACUAUCCCCUGGGCCUGGACUUUGUGAUUCAGAGUCCUACUUGCUAACCAUCAGGCCAAUGUAUCUCUCUCCUGGCUAAUCUAAUAUUUACAACUUAACACCAAAUUUUUAGGGGUCUGCCAUGUAGUGGUCACAUUUGCAGGAUGCUGUCAAAGCAAUAUAAUUAUAUAUUUUCUAGGGAAGUAAAGCUCAACUAGAGCAAGUUUGGGAGGAAACUGAUGGUCUUGAUGCAAAGGACUUUGAACCAAGAACAUUUUUUAAGCUUCAUGGUAAGUAUUCAAAAGUGAGUUUUGCUGAAAUGGAAUGACACAAUCUUGCUUGACCUCAGCAGGUUGCAAAGUUUAUGAUUGGUGCAUGACAGAAUGAAGCCUGCCAAAAUCUGUAUCAAGUUUUCUCUAUCAGGAAAAUUAUUUUUAGCUAUCAGAUACCACUGACCACUUACCGGUAAUUAGCAUCUGCAUUUAUUAGAUAGUAUUUUUUUAAGAGUAAGACUUUUAUUGAUAUUAACUUUUAUAUUGAAAAUUAAUAUGGCUUAAAGUUAAAAACAUUAAAUAAAUGUAAUUUUUUUUUUAUACCCCAGUCUGUUGAAAGGAAACCAACUCCCAAACCAGGUUCAUGAACAAGUUUUUUUGUCUAUUCUGAUACCUACUUGAUCUUUCUCAGAUACAAAUGGUGAUAACUACCUGGACACAGGAGAGUUGGAGGCUCUUUUUGUCAAAGAAGUAAGAACAGUUUUGUAUCCCUAAAUGUCAUAUGUAUGCAUGUUGUUUUAAACAGCAAGAACAUUAUUCUUGAAUUACUGGGGCUGUUACUUCCAGGGUUUUGAUUUCUUCAGUGAUGAAUUAACUCUCGUUCAGUGGUUCAUUUCUGGUAUUUUAAGUACCUUUCGAUGGAGUGGUACAGGUGUGAAAUUUUUCAUUAGGCUUUAAAGACAAUAUAUGUAUUUAAAAUUCUUAAAGUUGAGCCUUGGUCAAGGCACUAAUUGAUUUUAAUAUAAUUAUGGUUUGAUUAUGUUUAUUACUUGAAUUUUAAUUGAAUUUAAGCCUCAGUUGCCAGAAGAUAUGAAGCAAAGAGGUUAAAAAACCAUUACAUAGGUUUAAUAGUUAAAUUAAAGUAUUUGUUGAACUUAAGUGAAAUGUAGUUCAUGCAGGAUUUUGUGUGUACUUUGAACUUAGGUAGACAAACUCUUUGAUGAGAAGGAUGAAGACUAUGAUCCUCAAGAAAGAGAUGAAGAGAUUUCAAGAAUGAGGGAACAUGUCAUGAGUGAGGUAACAAGCUAACAAGUCUAACCUUUAUUUUUUUUCUUCUGUAAUCAGUUUCUUUUCAAUUGGAGCCCCAGGAAAUGAAUGCAAUUUUAUCUAUUAGUGACCAAUUUGCAAUUAUGUGCACUUUUCCACCCAAUUGAUUAAAAAGGAGGUGCACCUUUUUUGAAUGAGUCACAGGUCAUAGUGAGUUAAACAAAUUUAGUGGUGGAUAAUUUCAACCCUUAUUUAAAAUUGCUCCAUGUCUCCCUAUCCCAAAACACGGUUUUCAGUUCCACAGCUACUGUAGUUAAUCUUUCCCUGGAUGGGAUAUGCUUUUGGAAACCCAAUGAAUGAAUCAGUGAUUGAUGAGGCCAUGUGGAAACCGAAAAGCAGUUUAUCGCUUUUAACAAGAUUUUUUUUUUUCAAAACUAUGCACAAAUCUUAAGCAAUUGAAUACUCUAACUUAUACACACCUAUUGAUGGCUUAGAGUGUGCAUUUUAUCUUCAUUCAUUUUAUUCUAAUAUUGUGUCAUGUUUAUGAAACCCAUUUCAGAUUGACAAAGAUAAAGAUGGUUUUGUUUCAAUUGAUGAAUUUCUGACAGCAAGUAAAGGUGAUGAAUUUGACAAAGAUGAAGGGUGGAAAAGUGUUGAAGAGGAGCGGCCAUAUACUGAUGAGGAAUUAGCAGAGUUUGAGAAACAACUGCAAGAGGAGGAGAAAGCAAAGAUGGCUACUCAUGAUCAAGGAGCUGUAGGAGGCAACACAGCUGGUGACCUUGCAAAGGUUGUUUUCUUCCUUAGACAAGUGUUUUAUAUGCAGAGGGUUUUUUUUAAUGAAAUUUAGGCACGAAAGCCAGAAAUAAUUAAUUAUCCAAAGAGAACCUAAAUAUAUACCUUACUGAGACAGAGUGCUUUUAAGGGAUAGGGUGCAGAAUGUGCUAAAUGAAACUUUGGCCUUUCUUUGAAAAGGAUCAAGAGGACUGGAAAAUGGACUUGUUGUCCCUGGAUCCUUCCUCACUAGAACAAUCAGCCAAGCAACUGUCACAGAAUUUUGAGACAAGGUCAUUUGUUUAAAGGAACUGUGAUUUCAUGUUGACACUAUAGUGGAGAGAUUAAGAUGUAGAUUACUGUUUUUAUAGUGAGGCUUCAAGUAAAAAAAAUUGAAGGAAGAUGAACCAUAGUUGAUCUCAGAGUAUACAUACUCUAGCAUUACACAGCUAUUUAACCUUCUUUAUAUGCUGAAAAGUAUUGCCAAUCAUCAGUAUGUAGUUCAAGCAUAGUUGUGUAAUAAAUUGUAAACAGUGUCACAAAAUCAAUCCCCAGGGACUGACAAAGUCACUUGUGCCUGGGGCAUAAUGACAACCCAGAGGUUCAUAGAGGAGGGUGGAGUGAUAAUUGCACAAUUGUUAAGUAAUAAAUGUCUUGAGUAUCCUGAAAAUAUGGCUAUCCAUAAGCUAAUUAAGGAAGUAGCCCAGAAAGAACAUUUAUAUUGCAUUUUGGGGUUAUUUGGCUUUCAGCAUUUUACCAUGGUCUACAGUUCAUAAGGAGGAUAAAUUAUUGAUAUUGGUAUUGCCCAGUUCAUUACUGAGGGUUGGCCAGAUGACUUCCACUACUCUAAGAUUUCCUUAGUUUAACUUUGUUUGGUUGUUUUCUCUGAUUGAUAGCAAAUAGUAGAUGCAGUAGGAGCAGCAGGAGCAGCAGGAGCAGCAGUAGAAGAACACAAGGAAGGGGAACAACAACAACAAAAUGAUGAGUCACAGCAACAGCAUACAUCCUAAGGAACAGUGGAGCUGUUUACAGGAAAAAAAAUACUACACCUUCAUGGCUUGAAAGAUGAACACUUUCCUCAUUUAUUUAAACUUGUUACCCAUGUUUGUUCAGUCACAUCAAGAAUACUGAGAGUUUUUGUACCAUUUGAACAUUCUCUCUGAGUAAUACAUAUAUUUGUUCCAAUAUUAUGUUCAGACAUUGGAUAAUUCAAUCUGACAACCUUUCACAGACUGGAAAUUUUAAUCACCGCCCACUCAAUUUAAAAUCAAGUGGAAACCUUUCAUUUCUCAGAAAGAAUCACUUAUACCAAAUUGAUAUCUGUGUUAGAACGGCAAAACUACAGAAUGCAGGGCAUCAUUUUAGUGUCUCAUUGGAUCACAAUAUUAUAGUUCCUUUUUAUUAAUUUUGUUUUACAGGGGAAAAAUAUUGCUACAAUUUGCCUACUCUCUAACUUGUGGCUUAUUGGCAAGUGCAUCACAGAGGGAUAGUCAGAUCCACUUUGUGCCUUUAAUAUUUCCAUAACCACUGAUCACUCCUCUUAUAAAACUAUUUACUGUAGCAUGUUAUUUUUCAUUUUUUCAAAGCAUCACACAAAUAUGAACCUGAGGGGUUCCUACAAUUCCCAACAGUUCAUCUUUUCAAACCAAGAGAAUUCAAAUCAAAAGAUUUCAUAAGUCUACAAACAUCAUUAAUUACAUUGCAUUUUUUUCCUCAUUAUAGUGUUAGCAAAUAAAACUUAGAGCAACAGACAAAGUUAGUUCAAGAAAUUAUUUUUCCUUUAUUACCAGAGUUGGCCCAGUUAUGUAAUAAGACAAUAAAAAUCUAUUGAAUAUUUGUAUCUAUCCAAGAUGAGAAAAUAAGCAUCUUAAUUAUGGAAAUAUGUUUUCAUUUGAACAUGUCUCACAUCUACUCCUCAACUUUCUACCCUGAAAUGCUAUUCCUAGAACACUGAAAUGUAGCAGUUUUAGGUGUAGCUCAUAGUCAAAUUGAAUUGGAAAGAAUACCAUGUCUGGUAUGCAUUUACCAGUCAGCAUGUCCUUUAAGUUCACUUGUAAUCCAAUAACUAGCUUGUAGGUUUACUUGUGCAGUGGAUACAGAACCCUCUGUGCAGUUUGUAGACCCUUUUAGCAUUUUCAUUAGAAUAAAGUAUUUUGAUUUAAACAUCCACUCCAUAUGGUACCUUAAUCUGGUAUUGAGAAAUUGGUUAUUUAAAGCAUAAAUAGGAGAGUUUUAAAAAAAUUAAGUUGGGG